GAGAGAGAGAGAGAGAGAGUAAUGGAUCACUCGAGGAACCAACACCAUCAUCACCAACAACAACAUCUGGGAGUCAACAAGCUGGGUAAGAACAUCCGCAAGAGCCCUCUCCACCAGCCAACCUACUAUUCCAACCCAAAGCCACAGCAUCCUCCUCCUCCUCUUCCUCAGCAGCAGCAGCAGCAGCCACCGCCGCCGCAGCCGCAGGUGUACAAUAUCAGCAAGAACGACUUCCGCAGCAUCGUCCAGCAGCUCACCGGCACCCCCUCCCGCGACAACAGCCCCGCCCCUCCCCCUCCCCGGCCGCGCCCGCCGCAGCCGAGGCCCUCCAGCACCCGCCUCCAGAAGAUCCGUCCCCCGCCGCUCGCCCCCAUCGCCCGGCCGCCUCCCCCUCCACUCGCCGCCUCCCGCCCUCCUCCCCGCUACCCUCCCCCCAUCCCGUACCAAAACCCUAACCCUAACCUGCCCCCCGCCGCGGUUGACCCUUCUUCCUUCCCGCGCCGCUUGCCCUCCGCCGCUGCCGCCGGCCCUGCGUGGGCUGACUCGCCCGUCUCCGCCUACAUGCGCUAUCUUGAGAGCUCUCUCAUCAACUCCGACACGUCCCGCCAACCUCAUCCCCAGCCACAGCAGCACCUGCCGCCCCUUCCGUCCCCGGGACUGCUUCCCUCUCCGCGCCCCCCGAUCCCCUUGCCGUCCCCGAGGGCAGUCGCGAAUUCGAGCUUUAUGCCUCCUCCUCCUUCCCCGUCAGCAUCGGCCCUGCCUUCUCCCAGCACGUUCUUGAACAUCCUCUCGCCGAGAUCUCCUUAUCCGCUGCUUUCACCCGGGUUCCAGUACCCCCCGCCGCUGACCCCCAACUUUGCUCUCUCACCAUUGUCUCAAUCUGGGAUCCUGGGGGCUGGACCAGUUCCUGGUCCGCAUCCACCACCCUCUCCCGGGCUCUGGUUCCCUCAAUCGCCCUCUGGAUUUUUACCCAUUCUGAGCCCCAGAUGGAGGGAUAUGUUGUAGCUCCCAAGUGUGACCGGUGUUCCUCCACCACCUUUUCUUACAAGUCACCACGCAAGUGUUCAAGAAGACGAUGCAACUUUGGUUCUGGAAAUUACCUUAAAGCUGUAUGCAGUACAGAGUACUGGGAGUUCAAGAUGAUGGAAGUGUAACGAGAAAUGAGGCAGGUGAAGUCUAGUCUAUUUUAAUUUCUUUUUAGUUAGUUGUUCCCUGCUAAAUGUUUGUAUUUAAUUCUAAUUCUGAAUCUAUUGAUUUCAUUUGCAUUGCUAAAUGCUAGUGUUUGAGUUUAUGAUU